AUGUUUGACAAAAUCACCUCCCGCAUCCAGAAGCUGUGCUAUGGACUCAACUCUGACUUUGUGGAUCCAGUAAGUUGACAUUUUAUGUUCAAUGUAUUUCUAUUGUUUGUCAAUUGUAGUGUUUGCUGUGUUUCUCUAACCCACCAUAACCCUUUACUCUGCUUGUUCUGCCUUUUAGACCCAGAUCACUAUGAAGGUCAUCCAAGGUCUGUACAAUGGGGUCACCACAGUGGAGUUGGACACGCUGGCUGCAGAGAUCACUGCAACACUCACCACCAAACACCCUGACUAUGCCAUCUUGGCUGCCCGCAUCGCAGUCUCCAACCUGCACAAGGAGACCAAGAAGGUUUUCAGCGGUAAGUCUCUCUCGCUCUCUCUCAAACUGUAAUUCUUCUGACCUUUAGUCUAAAAGUUAUGCAUAUUGCUCAAUUAUCAGGCUCAAAGUAGCCUAUUUUUAGCCACUCCACAUUCACAGGCACAGAUGUCUAACCUGCCAGUGAGCUGACAAUAUUACUUUGGUAACAGAAAAAACUGGCGUGUAAAAGUAAUGUCUAAGCCAUGUAGCUCUGCUUACCUCAUGUAUGGAAAAAAAGGCCUAAUUUUUCGUUCACAAAUUGACUUAUUUUGACACGAGGUAAGCAGAGGGGAAGUGGGUCUAUAACAGACCCAUGCUUGGAAAGUCUGUCUUAAUAAUACAAUCCUUUAGAUAUUUUGUCUCAAAUUCCCCGCGCCAUAUUGAUCAACAGUCCUGCCCACCGGCGCAGUAAGUUGAAAUGGAUUUGUAUUUAAUUUCUGGCUUCCCACAGACUGUUUUUGUGAAACCCAAUACAAUUGAAAGCAAUGCUGGUGCAUUCGGAAAGUAUUCAGACACCUUGACUUUUUCCACAUUUUAUGUUUAGGCCUUAUUCUAAAAUUGAUGACAGACAUUUCUUUCCUCAAUCUACACACAAUACCCCAUAAUGACGAAGCAAAAAAAGGUUAUUAUACAUUUUUGCGUGUGUGUAUACAGUGGGGAGAACAAGUAUUUGAUACACUGCCGAUUUUGCAGGUUUUCCUACUUACAAAGCAUGUAGAGGUCUGUAAUUUAUUAUCGUAGGUACACUUCAACUGUGAGAGACGGAAUCUAAAACUAAAAUCCAGAAAAUCACAUUGUAUGAUUUUUAAGUAAUUCAUUUGCAUUUUAUUGCAUGACAUAAGUAUUUGAUCACCUUCCAACCAGUAAGAAUUCCGGCUCUCACAGACCUGUUAGUUUUUCUUUAAGAAGCCCUCCUGUUCUCCACUCAUUACCUGUAUUAACUGCACCUGUUUGAACUCGUUACCUGUAUAAAAGACACCUGUCCACACACUCAAUCAAACAGACUCCAACCUCUCCACAAUGGCCAUGACCAGAGAGCUGUGUAAGGACAUCAGGGAUAAAAUUGUAGACCUGCACAAGGCUGGGAUGGGCUACAGGACAAUAGGCAAGCAGCUUGGUGAGAAGGCAACAACUGUUGGCACAAUUAUUAGAAAAUGGAAGAAGUUCAAGAUGACGGUCAAUCACCCUUGGUCUGGGGCUCCAUGCAAGAUCUCACCUCGUGGGGCAUCAAUGAUCAUGAGGAAGGUGAGGGAUCAGCCCAGAACUACACGUCAGGACCUGGUCAAUGACCUGAAGAGAGCUGAGACCACAGUCUCAAAGAAAACCAUUAGUAACACACUACGCCGUCAUGGAUUAAAAUCCUGCAGCGCACGCAAGGUCCCCCUGCUCAAGCCAGCGCAUGUCCAGGCCCGUCUGAAGUUUGCCAAUGACCAUCUGGAUGAUCCAGAGGAGGAAUGGGAGAAGGUCAUGUGGUCUGAUGAGACAAAAAUAGAGCUUUUUGGUCUAAACUCCACUCGCCGUGUUUGGAGGAAGAAGAAGGAUGAGUACAACCCCAAGAACACCAUCCCAACCGUGAAGCAUGGAGGUGGAAACAUCAUUCUUUGGGGAUGCUUUUCUGCAAAAGGGACAGGACGACUGCACCGUAUUGAGGGGAGGAUGGAUGGGGCCAUGUAUCGCGAGAUCUUGGCCAACAACCUCCUUCCCUCAGUAAGAGCAUUGAAGAUGGGUCGUGGCUGGGUCUUCCAGCAUGACAACUACCCGAAACACACAGCCAGGGCAACUAAGGAGUGGCUCCGUAAGAAGCAUCUCAAGGUCCUGGAGUGGCCUAGCCAGUCUCCAGACCUGAACCCAAUAGAAAAUCUUUGGAGGGAGCUGAAAGUCCGUAUUGCCCAGCGACAGCCCCGAAACCUGAAGGAUCUGGAGAAGGUCUGUAUGGAGGAGUGGGCCAAAAUCCCUGCUGCAGUGUGUGCAAACCUGGUCAAGACCUACAGGAAACGUAUGAUAUCUGUAAUUGCAAACAAAGGUUUCUGUACCAAAUAUUAAGUUCUGCUUUUCUGGUGUAUCAAAUACUUAUGUCAUGCAAUAAAAUGCAAAUUAAUUACUUAAAAAUCAUACAAUGUGAUUUUCUGGAUUUUUGUUUUAGAUUCCGUCUCUCACAGUUGAAGUGUACAUAUGAUAAAAAUUACAGACCUCUACAUGCUUUGUAAGUAGGAAAACCUGCAAAAUCGGCAGUGUAUCAAAUACUUGUUCUCCCCACUGUGUGUAUAGAUAUUUUUUUUUUUUUAUGCCUUAUUUACAUAAGUAUUCAGAUGCUUUGCCAUGAGACUCGAAAUUGAGCUCAGGUGCAUCCUGUUUCAAUUGAUCACCCUUGAGAUGUUUCUAUAACCUGUGGUAAAUUCAAUUGAUUGGACAUGAUUUGGAAAGGCACACAAUUGUCUAUGUAAGGUCCCACAGUUGACAGUGCAUGUCAAAGCAAAAACCAAGCCAUGAGGUCGAAGGAAUUGUCCGUAGAGCUCCGAGACAGGAUUGUGUCGAGGCACAGAUCUGGGGAAGGGUACCAAAACAUUUCUGCAGCAUUGAAGGUCCCCAAGAACAGUGGCCUCCAUCAUUCUUAAAUGGAAGAAGUUUGGCACCACCAAGACUCUUCCUAGAGCUGGCUGCCCGGCCAAACUGAGCAAUCGGGGGAGAAGGGCCUUGGUCAGGGAGGUGACCAAGAACCCGAUGGUCACUCUGACAGAGCUCCAGAGUUCCUCUGUGGAGAUGGGAGAAACUUCCAGAAGGACAACCAUCUCUGCAGCACUCCACCAAUCCGGCCUUUAUGGUAGAGGGGCCAGGCGGAUGCCACUCCUCAGUAAAAGGCACAUGACCGCAAGCUUGGAGCACCUAAAGACUCUCAGACCAUGAGAAACAAGAUUAUCUUGUCUGAUGAAACCAAGAUUGAACUCUUUGGCCUGAAUGCCAAGCGUCACGUCUGGAGGAAACCUGGCACCAUCCCUACGGUGAAGCACGGUGGUGGCAGCUUCAUGCUGUGGGGAUGUUUUUCAGCGGCAGGGACUGGGAGAUUGAUCAGGAUCGAGGGAAAGAUGAACGGAGCAAAGUACAGAAAGAUCCUUGAUGAAAACCUGUUCCAGAGCGCUCAGGACCUCAGACUGGGGCAAAGGUUCACCUUCCAACAGGACAACAACCCUAAGCACACAGCCAAGACAACGCACAAGUGGCUUCGGGACAAGUCUCUGAAUGUCCUUGAGUGGCCCAGCCAGAGCCCGGACUUGAACCCGAUCUAACAUCUCUGGAGAGACCUAAAAGUAGCUAUGCAUCGACGCUCGCCAUCCAACCUGACAGAGCUUGAGAGGAUCUGCAGAGAAGAAUGUGAGAAACUCCCCAAAUACAGGUGUGCCAAGCUUGUAGCGUCAUACCCAAGAAGUCUUGAGGCUGUAAUCGCUGCCAACGGUGCUUCAACAAAGUACUGAGCAAAGGCUCUGAAUACUUAUGUAAAUGUGAUAUUUCCUUUUUAAUAUAUAUAUUUUUUUAUCAGCAAAAAUGUCUACCUUGUUUUUGCUUUGUCAUUUUGGGGUAUUGUGUGUAGAUAGAUGAGGGGGAAACAAUUUAAAUCAGUUUAGGAGAAGGCUGUAAUGUAACAAUGUGGAAAAAGUAAAGGGUGCUUCUAGCAAAGCGGGUGUAUUUACAGUGUAUUCGGAAAGUAUUCAGACCCCAAGAGUCCCUAUGGCUGAAGUCAGUCCUAGUGCUCAAGUCUGAGUCACUGGGUCUGAGUUGAACAAAAACCAAUAUUAAUGUGGUAUUUUAUGUGCAAAUCAACAACAAACUCUUGAUGUUCUUUAGACACUUUGUAUUUUGGUUAGGCCUAUUGCUGUUUAUUAUUUGUUGCUUGCUGGCUCGAUGCUUGUCUGUUGCUAGAUUUGCGCCUGUAUUGAUUUGGCGGUAAUCUGCCCAUCAACAACUGGUGGGAAGAUUUUCAUGAGAGCAUUUCCUCCUGUUGCACAAUGGUCAUAAUUGCCUGAAAUAUGCAAUAGCGUAUGAAACAAAAGUCCUUCAUACACAGGUUCACACACAUACAUUUGAAUAAUGUUCAAUAGUUAUUUCAAAUCAGUAAAGAUGUUUUGAAGAGAUUAAUGGUCUCUAGACGGAAUUGGCUAUUGCUCCUGUCAGAUUGAUCAGAUUAUUAUUUGCAAUUGUGACAGGCUCUUGGCUACUUUUUUGUGAUGGCCCACUGAUAUUUGUGUAGUUUUCUUAAUUUAGUUUUUAUUCCAGGGUGAAAACUAAAGGGAGACAUGGGAAAGUGGGAGGGCAGAGCAAGAGUACAAAUUCAAAGACUGCCUACUUUUCAAUACUUAUGGGAAUAGACAAUAGCUAGACUGUUUUUACUUUAAAACUCAAGAAACAAACUGCUUUACGAAAUGUAAAACAAUAGUAUUAACUAGGCAACGCUAAAUAGUAGGCUGGUAGUUACAGGGACGCAAGCGAGUCGCUUGCGUGAUGUGUAGCCUAUGAUCUGAGGCGGCGUGGAGCCUGUCUGCCCACACUCAUCGCUUGCUUCGGCGCAGUUCACCUGCUGAUAUCGGCUGCGUGUGCCUGUGUGGCACAUCAGUCCCACUGCUAGCUAGAGAACAACCCUCGCUGCUCUGCGUACCCAGUGCUGCUAAUAUUCUGCUUAUCAUAGUAGCCUAUCCAGUCCAAGUGCAAAUGCAAGUCCGAUUCACCAAUGGUAGCCAAAUGUCAUGAAAAUCGGGACUAGAGUCAGUCCUGGACUUGCAUACUACAACAGUGCAAACUAGUGUAUCCGAAAAUGUAUUUUCUUCUGUCAAAUCAAAUCUGCUGUUGCAGAUGUGGUGGAGGAUCUCUACAACUAUGUCAACCCGCUAAACAAACGCCACUCUCCCAUGGUCGCCAAGGAGACACUCGACAUUGUCCUAGAAAACAAGGAUCGCCUUAACUCGGCCAUCAUCUUUGACCGUGACUUCUCCUACAACUUCUUUGGAUUCAAGGUAAUUUUGUACAGUACAUGCUUUAUGAGCAAUAGUAAUUUAGUCAAUUCUGCAAUGGUAGGAGAGUAAACUAAUUAGUUUUUUUCUACGUAGACACUUGAGCGGUCCUAUCUGCUGAAGAUUGAUGGGAAAGGUGAGUCUGCUCAUAGAUAAAUUACCUCCCUGUCAGAAUUGACAUCUUUUCAUGAUAUGAACAAAUGCUACAUUGGAUUAGGGCUCAUCACUAGUGGCACCUGGUCAAACAGACACAUUACCGGAGCAGCUUUUUUUAUGUGGAAAUAUGUGAUUCAGAUGAGCUCCAUCCCUCAUGCUGAUCUGUUCUAUUCCUGUGUAGUUGCUGAGCGACCACAGCACAUGCUCAUGAGAGUGGCAGUUGGGAUUCAUAAGACUGACAUUGAUGCUGCCAUCGAGACUUACAACCUGCUGUCAGAGAAGUGGUUCACCCAUGCUUCCCCCACACUCUUCAACGCUGGUACCAACCGCCCACAGCUGUCCAGGUAAGCACUUACUAACAGCCAUUCUACUAUAAGCCAUUCCUCAGUGUAAUGGCUAUGAUUACAGAAUUGUAGAAACUAUAGACAUCUUUGACUGUUCUAGGUGCAAGCCAGAAAAGUGCUUAAUGUUUUAUAUGGGUUGGCCUUGUUGAUUUUCAGCUGUUUCCUGCUGGCCAUGAAGGACGACAGCAUCGAGGGCAUCUACGACACCCUGAAGCAGUGUGCCCUAAUCUCUAAAUCAGCAGGGGGCAUCGGAGUGGCAGUCAGCUGCAUCAGAGCCACGGGCAGCUACAUCGCUGGGGUGAGGAUCACACGGUCGUGUUUAUAAAUAAGACUGCCCCUUGAGGCGUUGCAGUCUGUUUCGUAGGCCGUCCACUGACUUGCCUAGUGAAAUAAAAGUGUCAAGCCUGUGUCAUGAGGGGCAGAGUGAUGGCUAUGUCUACGCCAACGACACAGAACAGUGGGCGAUUGAUAGCUCCGACAUGGUGGGGGAAACGUUUAUAAAUAACCAAACAUGAUAUUUCAUUGUGGUGCUUGGCAAGUCACUCAUUGACUGAGGCUUCUUUUUUGUUUUAGACAAAUGGCAAUUCCAACGGGCUUGUUCCCAUGCUCCGAGUGUACAACAACACUGCACGCUACGUGGACCAGGGAGGCAACAAGGUGAGAAAGAAAUGAAAUUGACUAGAGGUUGUGUUAUUGACUCUGGCCACAGGAUGACCUCACAGAUGUGCAUUAGCGUUCUGCGCAGAGAUGACCCACUAUCUUUCACCUAAGGUUGAAGACUCUGAGAACAUGCAUACUGUCUUUCAGACUCUGGCCUGUGUUUACUGUACCUUCAUCAGACGGUUAACACCCUCUUAUCCCUCUCUCAUCCCCCUCUCCUCCUCAGAGACCUGGCGCGUUUGCCAUGUACCUGGAGCCGUGGCACUUUGAUGUGUUUGACUUCUUGGAUCUGAAGAAGAACACAGGGAAGGAAGAGCAGAGGGCCAGAGAUCUGUUCUACGCCAUGUGGAUCCCUGACCUCUUUAUGAAGAGAGUGGAGAGCAACGAGGUAUGCAGCAACAUCAGUGUACAAACUGAAAUAUUCAAACCAGAUAUGGAAUUUAGGUUGAAUUAAAGAAGGGAAUCUGGAGUGGUUCUGUUUAGAUUCAUAUCUUCGAGAUAUCAGUACUCAUGGCAUAUUGUAUCCACAGGACUGGUCCCUGAUGUGCCCCAGUGACUGCCCUGGACUGGACGAGUGCUGGGGGGAGGAAUUUGAGAAUCUCUAUACCAGGUAAGACCGGCGCUCCUGAGCCUGUAUAACACAGCUACAUACCAGGCACAGCUCUGUGUGCAGUGUCUCACUGGUCCUGUCUCACCUCAGGUAUGAGCAAGAGGGUCGUGUGAAGCGGGUGGUAAAGGCCCAGCAGGUGUGGCACGCCAUCAUUGAGUCCCAGACUGAGACGGGCACCCCCUACAUGCUCUACAAGGACGCCUGCAACAGGAAAAGUAACCAUCAGAACCUGGGCACCAUCAAGUCCAGUAACCUCUGUACCGAGAUUGUAGAGUACACCAGCCAUGAUGAGGUGAGGGCAACAGAUUACCUAAACGGUUGGAACUACUGUGUCCGAAAUGGCACAAUAUCCACUAUCCAUUAGGGAUCGGCAUGAGUACUUGAGUACUCAAACGGACGUCAAAGCUUGACCUUUAACCAAAGAUUUAAAAAAAUAAUCCAAUACUGUAAAACUAUUUAGUGGAAUGUGCUUUGUGGCUGCCCAAACGGGUUAAAUUGUGUCUUCCAUUUGUGUAUUGGCGGGGCACAACAAAAAAAAACAUGCCAAGCAUUGUCCCUUCUAGCUCAGUUGGUAGAGCAUGGCGUUUGCAAUGCCAGGGUUGUGGGUUCGUUUCCCACGGGGGACCAGUAUGGAGAGAGAGAAUGUAUGCACUCACUAACUGUAAGUCGCUCUGGAUAAGAGCGUCUGUUUAAAUGACUAAAAUGUAAAUGUACCGUUCUCCCUAAAUUCCCUUUCCCCUCAGUGUCUUUCACUCAAUUGUGUUCCGACUGCGCCCUCCACACAAGCGCCCGUUAGGCCUACAGAAAUAAAUAAAAAAAUCCAAAUAGACUAGUUGAUUUGAAGUAGGAAAAUGUGUUCCAGAAACGGUUUUGAAUAAUUGCGUCCCGUCUAUUUUCCACUUAAGCUGCAAUUGGUUAGCCUAGGCCAGGGGUGUCAAACUCAUUUUAGCUCAGGGGCCACAUGGAGGAAAAUCUAUUCCCAAGUGGGCCGGACCGGAAAAAUCAUGGUGUGUAUAUAUAACUUAAAAACAACAACUUCAGAUUGUUUUCUUUGUUUUAAUACGAUCAACAUAAAGCUGGAGCCUGAGGACAGUGUGUCCAAAAUAGUACAAGCACAACAUCACUAUUAAUCAUAAAACACGUCAAGUUUAUUUGACAAUUCUAAAGAAAAAGAACACACAAACACACAAUGCCUCAGUGAUUAACAGAACUGUUUCACAGAUCACAGAACUAUAUCAGGGUGUCAUUUCUCAGGCAGAAAUGUAGAUACAAAUAAUAAAAUCAAUUAAAAACAAUAGCACAUCAACAUAAAAACAUAUAAACAUAAAUCUGAAAGCGUUGCUCAAACUCCCGUAACAGUCCAGUUAUUUUAUCUUUGAACCGCUUCAUGUCUGCCACAUGUUGAGUCGCGCACACAUUUUUCAGACCGGGGAAGUGAGCUGCAUCACCACCGGCAAGUUGCGUCUCCCACAAUGACAGCUUCAACUUGAACGUAUGCUGUCAUAAUACUGCGUGACAACUUUGUUGCGCCCUUGCAGCUGUUUGUUCAAGUUAUUCAGGUGCUCUGUAACAUCCACCAUAAAUGCAAGGUCCGGCAUCCAUUCUGCGGAAUGAAAUUCUAACACUGGUUUGCCCUUUUCUUCCAUGAACUGUUCAAUUUCUUCUCGUAAAUCAAAGAAACGCCUCAGCACAGCACCUCGGCUUAACCAUCUUACCUCAGUGUGGUAUGGCAGGCCAUAGAUGUGGGCUUUCUCUCUGAGAAGGCUGUCAAACUGACGGUGAUUCAGGCUUCUGGAUCGGAUGAAAUUAACAGUUUGGAUGACCACCUUCAUGACGUUAUCCAUCUUUAAUGACUUGCAACACAAAGCCUCCUGGUGCAAAAUACAGUGAAAAGUCAAAAAAUCACGUCCUCCAUUUGCAGAUUGCACUUUCUCUCUGAACUUUGUCACAACGCCUGCUUUUUUCCCGAUCAUUGAGGGCGCACCAUCUGUAGCCAGGCUGACAGCGCGGGACCAGUCCACUCCGACCCUGUCCAGCACGCCGACGAGUGCGGUAAAAAUAUCAGCUGCUGUCGUUGUAUCUGUCAUCGGCACCAACUCCACGAACUCCUCGGUGACGGUCAAUGUGUCAUCAACUCCGCGGAUGAAAAAAUGGCCAGUUGUGCAACAUCUGUAAUGUCCGUGCUUUCAUCAAUUGCAACCGAAAACGCAAUAAAUGACUUUACUUUUUGCUUCAACUGGCUGUCCAAAUCCACUGAAAGAUCGGAAAUCCUGUCUGCAACUGUGUUUCUUGUCAGGCUGAUAUUUGCAAAAGCCUGCCGCUUUUCAGGGCACACAAUCUCCGCUGCCUUCAUCAUGCAUGUUUUUACAAAUUCACCCUCACUAAAUGGUUUUGAAGCCACUGCGAUUUCAUUAGCAAUGAGGUAGCUAGCUUUCACUGCAGCGUCACUGAUGUCUCGGCUGUGAGUAAACACAGACUGCUGUUUCUUCAGACCCGCCAACAGUUCAUUCACCUUCUCUCAUCUCCGCUGUCCUUGAAAGUUGUCAUAUUUGUCGGCAUGAAGACUCACAUAGUGGCGACGAAGGUUAUAUUCUUUCAGCACUGCAACAUGCUCUGAACACACCAAACAUACAGCUUUCCCAUUCAAUUCCGUGAUUAAAUAGGAUGACCAUUUUUCUUGGAACACUCUGCACUCUGCGUCCACUUUUCUCUUUUUUGACAGGGACAUAUUGGGGCAAUGAGGGUGCCAAAGCACAUAAUGUUAAAAGUAGAAGCCGUAAUAAAUAUCGCGGGCAAAACAAAGUAGCUCAUUGGCUGCACGUGCUUGACCUACUUGCUCUGCCCCGGUAUAAACAGUUUGCUUGCUUAACACAAUUGCUAUUGCGCCAUCCAGUGGACGCAAUUGGAACAGCAGUUUAUUUUAUUGAAAAAUUGCAGCGCAUUUUUAUACGUUAUUUUUUUUUUUUUUUUUUUUUUAUCAUCUCGCGGGCCGGAUUAAACCCGUUUGCGGGCCUGAUCCGGGCCGUACGUUUGACACCCCUGGCCUAGGCUAUAACCCCUCUAAACAUAGACUGGUUUGAUAAAGACUGAGCGUAUUUUCAUCAGCCUCAUUAAGCAUACAUGUACGAUUUUUGGUUUGUAACCCUGAAUUUUUCUUUAAACUAAACAAAUUGAACCCUGUUUCAAAUGAUCACUGAGAAUAACUGUUCCAGGCAGGAGAUACGCAUCACUUCACUUCAAGUGCAGCUUCUUUCAUUUGGAGAAAUAUUCUGUUCUAUUUUGUUAUAUAACAUAACAAUAAAAUGUAUAUAUAAAACAGGUGUCUUGACUUGGAUAAGGGCUCGUGAAAUAAGAGCCUCUUGUCUGCUAAAUGAACAAGACUAUGCCAUUGCACAGCCAUAGGCUUUUACAUGCAAGCGCCACUGCUGAGGUUACUGCCUUUAUUUGAAGUUUGUGUUCCACAAUAUAAUCAGUUGACGUUAUGGUUUCAAUAAAAUCUUAUAUGGCACUUGCUUUUAUUGACUGUGUGUAUAUAUGCGCCUUCGGAAAGUAUUCAGACCCCUUGACUUUUUCCACAUUUUGUUAGGUUACAGCCUUAUUCUAAAAUUGAUUAAAUUGUUUUUUUCCAUCGAUCUACAAACAAUAACCCAUAAUGACAAAGCAAAAACUGGUUUUAAAAAAGCACAUCAUAUUUACAUAAGUAUUCAGACUCUUUACUCAGUACUUUGUGGAAGCACCUUUUGGCAGCAAUUACAGCCUCGAGUCUUCUUGGGUAUGAUGCUACAAGCUUGGCAGACCUGUAUUUGGGGAUUUUCUCCCAUUAUUCUCUGUAGAUCCUCUCAAGCUCUGUCAGGUUGGAAGGGGAGCGUCGCUGUACAGCUAUUUUCAGGUCUCUCCAGAGAUGUUAGAUCGGGUUCAAGUCCAGGCUCUGGCUGGGUCACUCAAGGACAUUCAGAGACUUGUCCCGAAGCCACUCCUGCGUCGUCUUAGCUGUGUGCUUAGGGUUGUUGUCCUGUUGGAAGGUGAACCUUUGCCCCAUUCUGAGAACCUGCUCCAGAGCACUCAGGACUUCAUCAAGGAUCUCGCUGUACUUUGCUCCGUUCAUCUUUCCCUUGAUCCUGACUAGUCUUCCAGUCCCUGCCGCUGAAAAACAUCCCCACAGCAUGCUGCCGCCACCACCAUGCUUCACAGUAGGGAUGGUGCCAGGUUUCCUCCAGACAUGACGCUUGACAUUUAGGCCAAAGAGUUCAAUCUUGCUUUCAUCAGACCAGAGAAUCUUGUUUCACAUGGUCUGAGAGUCUUUAGGUGCUUUUUGGCAAACUCCAAGCGUGUUGUCAUGUGCCUUUUACUGAGGAGUGGCUUCUGCCUGGCCCCUCUACCAUAAAGGCCUGAUUGGUGGAGUGCUGCAGAGAUGGUUGUCAUUCUGGAAGUUUCUCCCAUCUCCACAGAGGAACUCUGGAGCUCUGUCAGAGUGACCAUCGGGUUCUUGGUCACCUCCCUGACCAAGGCCCUUCUCCCCCGAUUGCGCAGUUUGGCUGGGCGGCCAGCUUUAGGAAGAGUCUUGGUGGUUCCAAACGUCUUCCAUUUAAGAAUGAUGAAGGCCACUGUGUUCUUGGGGACCUUCAAUGCUGCAGACAUUUUUUUGGUACCCUUCCCCAGAUCUGUACCUCGGAACAAUCCUGUCUCGGAGCUCUACGGACAACUCCUUUGACCUCAUGGCUUGGUUUUUGCUCUGACAUGUACUGUCAACUGUGAGACCUUGUAUAGACAGGUGUGCCUUUCCAAGUCAUGUCCAAUCAAUUUAAUUUACCACAGGUGGACUCCAAGUUGUAAAAACAUCUUAAGGAUGAUCAGUGGAAACGGGAUGUAUCUGAACUCAAUUUCGAGUCUCAUAGCAAAGGGUCUGAAUACUUAUGUAAAUAAGGUAUUUCAGUUUUUUAUAUUUAUAAAAGUUUUCGCUUUGUCAUUAUGGGGUAUUGUCCGUAGAUUGCUGAGGAUUGUUAUUUAUUUAAUCCAUUUUUAGAAUAAGGCUGUAACAUAACAAAAUGUGGAAAAAGUCAAGGUCUGAAUACUUUCCGAAGGCACUGUGUGUAUAUAUGUACAUAUACGUUUGUAAUGUGGGGGGGAGUAUUUAGUCAGCCACCAAUUGUGCAAGUUCUCCCACUUAAAAAGAUGAGAGGCCUGUAAUUUUCAUCAUCGGUACACGUCAACUAUGACAGACAAUGAGGGGAAAAAAUCCAGAAAAUCACAUUGUAGGAUUUUUAAUGAAUUUAUUUGCAAAUUAUGGUGGAAAAUAAGUAUUUGGUCAAUAAUAAAAGUUUCUCAAUACUUUUAUAUACCCUUUGUUGGCAAUGACACAGGUCAAACGUUUUCUGUAAGUCUUCACAAGGUUUUCACACACUGUUGCUGGUAUUUUGGCCCAUUCCUCCAUGCAGAUCUCCUCUAGAGCAGUGAUGUUUUGGGGCUGUCGCUGGGCAACACGGACUUUCAACUCCCUCCAAAGAUUUUCUAUGGGGUUGAGAUCUGGAGACUGGCUAGGCCACUCCAGGACCUUGAAAUGCUUCUUACGAAGCCACUCCUUCGUUGCCUGGGCGGUGUGUUUGGGAUCAUUGUCAUGCUGAAAGACCCAGCCACAUUUCAUCUUUAAUGACCUUGCUGAUGGAAGGAGGUUUUCACUCAAUCUCACGAUAUAUGGCCCCAUUCAUUCUUUCCUUUACACGGAUCAGUCGUCCUGGUCCCUUUGCAGAAAAACAGCCCCAAAGCAUGAUGUUUCCACCCCCAUGCUUCACAGUAGGUAUGGUGUUCUUUGGAUGCAACUCAGCAUUCUUUGUCCUCCAAACACGACGAGUUGAGUUUUUACCAAAAAGUUCUAUUUUGGUUUCAUCUGACCAUAUGACAUUCUCCCAAUCCUCUUCUGGAUCAUCCAAAUGCACUCAAGCAAACUUCAGACGGGCCUGGACAUGUACUGGCUUAAGCAGGGGGACAUGUCUUGCACUGCAGGAUUUGAGUCCCUGGCGGCGUAGUGUGUUACUGAUGGUAGGCUUUGUUACUUUAGUCCCAGUUCUCUGCAGGUCAUUCACUAGGUCCCCCCCGUGUGGUUCUGGGAUUUUUGCUCACUGUUCUUGUGAUCAUUUUGACCCCACGGGGUGAGAUCUUGCGUGGAGCCCCAGAUCGAGGGAGAUUAUCAGUGGUCUUGUCUUCCAUUUCCUAAUAAUUGCUCCCACAGUUGAUUUCUUCAAACCAAGCUGCUUACCUAUUGCAGAUUCAGUCUUCCCAGCCUGGUGCAGGUCUACAAUUUUGUUUCUGGUGUCCUUUGACAGCUCUUUGGUCUUGGCCAUAGUGGAGUUUGGAGUGUGACUGUUUGAGGUUGUGGACAGGUGUCUUUUAUACUGAUAACAAGUUCAAACAGGUGCCAUUAAUACAGGUAACGAGUGGAGGACAGAGGAGCCUCUUUAAGAAGAAGUUACAGGUCUGUGAGAGCCAGAAAUCUUGCUUGUUUGUAGGUGACCAAAUACUUAUUUUCCACCAUAAUUUGCAAAUGAAUUCAUAAAAAAUCCUACAAUGUGAUUUUCUGGAUUUAUUUUUCUCAAUUUGUCUGUCAUAAUUGACGUGUACCUAUGAUGAAAAUUACAGGCCUCAUCUUUUUAAGUGGGAGAACUUGCACAAUUGGUGGCUGACUAAAUACUUUUUUCCCCCACUGUGUAUAUGUAUGUAAAUGAGAGUUUGGACACCUACUCAUUCCAGGGUUUUUCUUUAUUUUUAAGAAGUGAAGACCUCAACUAUGAAAAAACACAUAUGGAAUCAUGUAGUAACCAAAAAAGUGUUAAACCAAUCAAAAUAUAUAUAUUUUUUUGAGAUUGUUCAAAGUAGCCACCCUUUUGCCUUGACAGCUUUGCACACCCUUGGCAUUCUGUCAACCAGCUUCAUGAGGUAGUCGCCUGGAAUGUAUUUAAAUUAACAGGUGUGUCUUCUUAAAAGUUAAUUUGUGGAAUUUCUUUCCUUAAUGCGUUUUGAGCCAAUCAGUUGUUGUGACAAGGUGGGGUGUAUACAGAAGAGAGCCCUAUUUGGUAAAAUACCAAGUCCAUAUUAUGGCAAGAACAGCUCAAAUAAGCAAAGAGAAACGACAGUCCAUUACUUUAAGACAAGGAGGUCAGUCAAUAUGGAGAAUUUCAAGAACUUUGAAAGUUUCUUCAAGUGCUGUUGCAAAAACCAUCAAUCGCUAUGAUGAAACCCAGAGUUCUCUGCUGCAGAGGAGAAGUUAGUUACCAGCCUCAGAAAUUGCAGCCCAAAUACAUUUUUCAGAGUUCAAGUAACAGACACUUCUCAACAUCAACUGUUCAGAGGGGACUGUGAACCAGGCCUUCAUGGUCAAAUUGCAGCGAAGAAACCACUACUAAAGGACACCAAUAAGAAGAGAUCUGCUUGGGCCAAGAAACAUGAGCAAUGGACAUUAGACUGGUGGAAAUCUGUCCUUUUGGUCUGAGUCAAAAUUUGAGAUUUUUGGUUCCAACCGCCGUGUCUUUGUGAGACGCAGAGUAGGUGAACUUAUGAUCUCCGCAUGUGUGGUUCCUGCCGUGAAGCAUGGAGGUGUGAUGGUGUGGGGGUUCUUUGCUGGUGACGCUAUUAGUGAUUUUUUAUUUAGAAUUCAAGGCACACUUAACCAGCAUGGCUACCACAGCAUUCUGCAGCGAUACGCCAUCCCAUCUGGUUUGGGCUUAGUGGGACUAUCAUUUGUUUUUCAACAGGACAAUGACCCAAAACGCGCCUCCAGGCUGUGUAAGAGCUAUUUCACCAAGGAGAGUGAUGGAGUGCUGCAUCAGAUGACCUGGCCUCCACAAUCCCCCGACCUCAACCCAAUUGAGAUGGUUUGGGAUGAGUUGGACCACAGAGUGAAGGAAAAGCAGCCAACAAGUGCUCAGCAUAUGUGGGAACUCCUUCAAGACUGUUGGAAAUGCAUUCUUCAUGAAGCUGGUUGAGAGAAUGCCAAGUGUGCAAAGCUGUCAUCAAGGUGGCUACUUCGAAAUACAUUUUGAUUUGUUUAACACUUUUUUUGGUUACUACAUGAUUCCAUGUGUUAUUUCAUAGUUUUGAUGUCUUCACUAUUACUCUACAAUGUAGAAAAUAGUAAAAAUAAAGAAACCCUUGAAUGAGUAGGUGUUCUAAAUCUUUUGACCGGUAGUGUAUGUAUGUCUUAUUUUUUUCUUCACGCGAGUACUCUGAAAAAUUAUGCGAGUACUCAGUCAAAAAAUGUCAAAUGCCCAUCCCUAUCUAUCACCCAAGACUGAUGGCUUUUUAAAAAUAUCCAUACUUAAUCCCAAAACGUUUUGAAUGACAUCCUUCGAUAUGUAUAUUGCUGAAAAAUAAAUACAAACGUUGAUCACACAAAACAACUGUUUAAAGUGUGAUGCUAAUCAAUCUGGCUCCUGUUUCCCAAUCUCAGGUGGCAGUGUGUAACCUGGCGUCCAUCGCCCUCAACAUGUACGUCACCCCAGAGAGAACCUUUGACUUCAACAAGCUGGCCUACGUCAGCAAGGUCAUCGUUAGGAACCUCAACAAGAUCAUCGAGAUCAACUACUACCCUGUGAUUGAGGUAAGGUCUAGAAUUAAAUGUAUUGUUACUGAUAAUGCUCAGCAAGACAGAGGAUUUUACAAGUUAGAUCUUCAUGUUGACCAGUAACUGAUUCCACAUGCCUGUCAUUCUCUCUCUAACCAGGCUGAGAACUCCAACAAGCGCCACAGGCCCAUUGGUAUUGGUGUCCAGGGUCUGGCUGAUGCCUUCAUUCUGAUGCGUUUCCCCUUUGAGAGUGCUGAGGCCCAGAAGCUCAACACUCAGAUCUUUGAGACCAUCUACUACGCUGCCCUGGAGUCCAGCUGUGAGCUGGCUGCUGAGCUUGGUGCCUACCAAACCUACCCAGGCUCCCCCGUCAGCAAAGGAGUGAGUACCUCCACGCUAAAACCUAACUGGGAUGUUAGGUCUGUUUUUGGUUAACUUGUCAAUCGGUAAUUUCAGGUGUUUCUGGUUGGUCUCUUAGGCUUAAACUGUUAUAAUUUUUCCAUAGAUUCUUCAGUACGACAUGUGGGACAAAACCCCAACUGACCUGUGGGACUGGAAACUUCUCAAGGAAAAGAUUGCCAAGUAAGUUGUCAACCUUGUCCUCCAUUUUACCAAUACAACUACAGCUAGUCUCAACACAUACAUGACCAACCAAGCCCUCCAUGUGUACUUAAAUGUCCUAGCCUUUGUCUCAUCACCACUUCACUCCCCCAUCCAGGCAUGGUGUCAGGAACAGUUUGCUGCUGGCCCCCAUGCCCACGGCCUCCACAGCCCAGAUCCUGGGCAACAACGAGUCCAUCGAACCCUACACCAGCAACAUCUACACCCGCAGAGUCCUCUCUGGAGAGUUCCAGGUCAGUAUCACUCUCUGGGGGUUCCACAGACACUUAGACCUCUGCUUACAUACACUGCAUACUCAAACACUUGAAGGGUUUGAGUAGGGGUGUGUGAAAAGCUAGUGUGUGUGAAUCACUAAUGUUCUUCGUGUCACCUGCAGAUUGUGAACCCCCACCUGUUGAAGGACCUAACAGAGCGAGGGCUGUGGAACGAGGAGAUGAAGAACCAGCUGAUUGGUCAGAACGGAUCCAUCCAGGUGAGAACCCAGACCCAUCACAUUACAGCUCUAAUCAAUGAAUAGCAAUUAGUGCAAUUAUGCCCUAUUGACUGUAUUUUGUGUAGGUUGUCGCGUAACUUUUUAAAAGCGUUAUCCUUUUCAGUAGUCAUUGUUCUAACACCAUUGUUACUUGUCUUUAGGGCAUUGCUGAGAUCCCAGAUGACCUGAAGGAGCUGUAUAAGACUGUGUGGGAGAUCUCCCAGAAGACUAUUCUGAAGAUGGCUGCCGACCGCGGUGCCUUCAUAGACCAGAGCCAGUCCCUCAACAUCCACAUCGCUGAGCCCAACUACGGCAAGCUCACCAGCAUGCACUUCUACGGCUGGAAGCAGGUGAGUCGGCUUGACUAUUGAAAUCUAUAGAACACUACAUGGUCUCAGCUCAGGGCUAUCCUUAACCCUGGGCUAAAAUUACUACUUGAGGCGUUGCAGUCCGACUAAGUGUCGAGCCUGUGUCAUGAGGGGCAGCGCGUGACAGGGCUAUGUCUACGCCGAGGACAGUGGGCACUUGGAGUGAUUUGAUAGCACUUACAAAAGGGAGAAAAAGCUGGCUAGGGAGGCAACUUCGGAGGACCAAAGUAGUGUGAAAUAUAAACUGAACUCUGCUGUUCAUCAAGAUAAAGCAUGAACCUCUUUUCUCAGGGUCUGAAGACGGGCAUGUACUACCUGAGGACCAAGCCUGCAGCCAACCCCAUCCAGUUCACCCUGAACAAGGAGAAGCUGAAGGAGUCCCAGUCGGCUAAGAACGAGGAGAUCAACAGAGCCGUUAUGGUGUGUUCCCUGGAGAACCGUGACGACUGCCUGAUGUGUGGCUCUUAG